AUGGCAACUACAGAUCCAAAUCUGGGCCUCAAUCUUCUAAGAUUGGCCCCUCUGGUCAUUUCAACUGCGUCCGUGAUGUGUGGGAUUGACCAAACAACCGCCAUUCGACCCUUCGCUCAGCCUGCUCUCGCCAAAGCCGGCGGACCUGUUCUUCCCCAUUGGUUCCCGGGCUUCUUCAACCGCACCAUCACCGUCGUGGGCAGCUCGUAUCCGUUGGCAUUUGGAACUGCGCUACUGAAUACGUGGAAAUACGGAGCCACCCUAGAGCCCACCACCAAGUACUUUUACUGGGCUGGAAUGGUCUUUUCCGCGGGGCAUUUUCUCUACGGACCCGGGGCCAUGAAGAUCAUUGCACGAAUCUGCGAGAAGGAGGAUCCGGGGGCGAAAAACACCCAGGCAACACAUGAAUGGCUUGCUAUGAAUUUCAUCCGCAUGAUGACUGUUGACGGGCCCGGUUGGAUCAUGUACUUUUGCGCUGUCCUUUCGGCCGUGCGUUUCCCGUAA